AUGAGCUCCAUGCACUGCGAUCGAACGAAGGCCGCUGCCACCAGCGCACGAGUGUGUGAACACCUCGAUGGCAGCUAUGUGCCCCCUGGUGUUCAGCGCCACGUUGUCGAAUACCCCGUUGCGAAUGGUCACGUCAGACGCAGACGUGCCCUCCCCCCACUUGCACGGCUCGGAGACAAUCGCAAGAGCGGUCAUCAUCCUUGCAUAUUAUCAACCACCUCGAUUCCAUCGACCAGUGUGUGGCUGCCCUUUAUCAUUCCUCUCGAGCGCGAGUUUCUCACCGUGACAUUCCUCACCACGAGGGCCUCGGACUCAUCAGGAGGCAUCCAGCGAGGCGUUGCAGCGAAAGCUAUGCGAGACGCCACGGAGAGCAGCGGAAACCCAGGAAUGACCACGAAGCACGCAGCCCACCGAUCGUCUUUCUGGUCGUCGAUCCAGUGGCGACCGCGGAACUCGGCCUGGGAGAUGAGGACCUGGUCGUCACUGAAGAAGAGAAUAGUGUCAUUCACCUUGGCCCACGCAGCUGCCUGGUUCUUGGCUGGUUCGUCCCACCACCAUGGGGUCCCAACGUCCAUGCAAACCUCCUCUGCCCUGGCAAAAGCACUGCUGCCGGUUAUCCCCGUCUCCAUGGUGUGGAAGUUCAUGAAAUCGUCGGUCAAGUGCUCCAGGGUCAUGUCCUCCACCACGUUGCUGGACCCUGCGUAG